AUGUCUGACACCGGCCGCAAGCCCUUGACUGACCAGGCUCAAGAGAAGAUCACGCCUGACUCUCAGAAAUCCACCUUCGACAAGGCUAAAGAGUCUGCCACCGGCACCGCCGACGACAUUGCCGGCAUGGUCCAGCCAGGUGACAGCAAAUCCACCACCCAGAAGCUCUCCGAUGAGACUUCAGCCAAGUCUGGAUCUGCCCAAGACACUCUGUCCAGUGCUACCAAGAAUGUCCAAGAGACUGCCUCCAAUUUGGGCCAGCAGGCACAAGACACUGCUUCUUCCAUCGGCCAGUCUGCUAGCUCCAACACCUCGGCCGCACAGGACUCAGGCAAGACUUAUCUGCAACAAGCUCAAGAGAUGACCGCCAAUGUUCUGAACAGCGCUAGCAAAGCUGCGUCAGAUCUUGCUAGCAGCAUUUCCGGCGAGAAGAAAUAG